GCCAUUUUGUCUGUUCGGGCAAGUCUACCCUGACGGUUACGAACUGCAGUUCCACCUUUGGAAACCCUUUGAAAUGUUGUUGUUGGCGUUUUUAUUUCGCGAUAUCUUCCGUCACAACGCUUCCUAAAUUACAAUAAAAAUUAUAAACCGGUCCUCCGGCAGCCGAAGGGCCGCUGCACACGGAACCGGCGGAGGGAGCAGCGAAGCGGCGGUGACAUGUCGAGCGAAGAGAGCUACCUGGCCAUCAUUCGCUAUCUGACCGAUGAACGGGAGCCGUACGCGCCGGGGACCCCCGGGAACACCAAGCGCAAGAUCCGCAAAGCGGCCACCUGCUACGUGGUGCGGGACGGGACGCUGUUCUACCAGCGCCGGCUGAAGGGCCAGGACGACUUCACGGAGCCAGUGGUGCUGCAGGACGGCCGGAGGACGGAGCUCAUCAACGAGGCGCACACCGUCACCGAGGGAGGGGAGCACCUCAACCAGCAGCUCACCUGGGACACCAUCUCCCGGAGGAUCCUGAAGAACGUCAAAGACCACAUCAGAGAAUGCCCACUGUGCCAGAGCCGCCGCGGCGCCGACGACGGCUCCGGACCACGGCCCUUCUCCAGGCCGGGGAGACGCAAGGCGGUCGCCGACGCUGAAGAGGAGGAGGAAGAAGAGGAAGAGGAGGAGGAGGGAGACGACGGCGCCUUGGUCUUCCCCGACUCGACCCGUCAGCUGAGGUCCAAGGCGAAGGCCAAGCACGAACUGGUCUUUGUGGACAGUAAAGGUGAGGUCAACCAGUUCCUGCCCAAACACAGCCAGACCAUGCUGGACAAACUCAACCAGCAGCGCCUCGGCAACCACUUCUGUGACAUCACGCUGCUGAUCGAAGGCGAGGAGCACCGCGCCCACAAGGCCGUGCUGGCGGCGUGCAGCGAGUAUUUCAACGAGCUGUUUUUUGAGAAGGGCGCUGCCUCCACCCACGAGGCCGUGGUCGACCUCUCCGGUUUCACCAAAGUCAGCUUCCUGCCGCUGCUCGACUUCGCCUACACGUCCGCGCUCACCUUCAACUUCUGCGUCAUGGCGGACAUCGCCAACCUGGCUCGCCACCUGCUGAUGACGGAGGUGCUGCAGAUCUGCGAGUCGGUGCACAAGCAGGUGGAGGAGCAGAAGCUGACGGUGUACCAGAGGGGCGACGUGCACACGGUGGUGUCCAGCCAGCCGGCGGCUCAGGACGGCCCGAAGGACGAGCCGGCCGCCUUCGUGGUCACCAUCGAGAGCGACGGCCGGGCCUUGGUCACGCAGAGCGGCGAGCCCGUGGCCUUCCUGCCCGCGCCGGAGGAAGCCGACGGCCAGCAGCCCGUGACCGUUGUUACGGAGGCGCAGCGCCGGGAGGCGGUGACUCUGAUCGCUCACGAGCCGGGCGAGACGCUCACGCUGAUCUCCGGUGGCUCGGAGGGCGACACGAUGACCGUGGUCACGCACAGCGGACAGGCGGGCGCCAGUGAGUCCCUCGCCGUGGUGUCCGCCUGCCUGGCGAUGGAGGAGCAGCAGCAGCAGCAGCAGCCGGCGCCGGGCUCCGACGCGGCGGUCUUCGUCAUCAACGUGGACACGGACAAAUCGAGUCCCUCGGAGGUCGUCAAGCUGUCGUCGGAAGCGCCGGCGACGGCCUCGGAGACGGCGGAAGCGGCUGCCGUCCCACAGAAACGUAAACGGGGACGUCCGGCUAAGGUGAAGCGGGAGGUGGAGGUGUACGUUCCUCUGGAGGAGGAAGAGCAGCCCUCUGCCGACGAAGGCCACGGAGACAAGCAGGACGCAUCGGACGACCCCAAGAGGAGACGACUCCGACAGCGCUCCAUCGCCGAGGGGGGCUACGCCCGUCUGCACAUGGGCCUGGAGGAGGAGGAGGAGGAGGGGGGAAAGAAGGGGGCGACGUCUCCGCGAAAUGCUGCUUCAAAGGCGCCUUUUAGGACGGGUAAAAGGGGACGACCUCCAAAGCAGCCGGCGGAGGCUCAAGGCGAAGCUCAGCCUGAGCCGGAGGCGGAGCCCGAACGGGGGGCGGAGCCCGAGCCCUGCGCGGCGGAAGGCAAGACGCCAGCAGAGAUUGCUGCGAACGAAGCAGGACCAACGGGGGCGGAGCCAGAGACGGCCGGGGUCAUGCUGCAGCAGCAUCAGCAGGAGGAGGCGGCGGCGGCGGACGGCGACGGAGAGCACAAGUGCGCGAGGUGCGGCGCGUCCUUCCAGCGACGCUUCUCCCUCAUCAUGCACAUGCUCAAACACGAGAAGGCUCGCGGCUACAAGUGCAGCCUCUGCAACAAGGAGUUCCAGUACGCCGCCUCGCUCCGAGCCCACCUGGCCCGGCACAAGCAGCAGAGCAGCCAGCGGCCGCCCGCAGCCGCCAAGGCCCCCGCCGGGCCCGGCGCCGAGAACCAGCCGCGCAGCGACCUGGACGGCAGGGCGACGGCGGCGGCGCAGACGAAGCGCGAGUUUGUGUGCGACAUCUGCGGCAAGACGCUGCCGAAGCUCUACUCCCUGAGGAUCCACAUGCUGAACCACACGGGCGUCCGGCCGCACGCCUGCAAGGUCUGCGGGAAGACCUUCGCCCACAAGCACAGCCUGAAGAUGCACCGCGCGCUGCACGACAUCACCAAGCAGUUCCAGUGCGAGCACUGCGGCAAGUCCUUCGUGAGCAAGCGCAGCAUGGAGGAGCACACCAGCCUGCACACAGGUGAGUCGAAGUAUCUCUGCAACACCUGCGGGGCGACUUUCCAUCGAGCCUCGGCUCUGAGCAAACACCUGAAGAAGCACGUGCCCAAACCCGACGUCCGCCCGUUCGCCUGCACUCAGUGUGACAGGAGGUUCUACGAGGCCAAAGACCUGCAGCAGCACAUGAACAAGCACAUGGGUCUGAAGCCCUUCCAGUGCCAGGUGUGCGGGAAGUGCUACAGCUGGAAGAAGGACUGGUACUCGCACGUCAAGUCCCACAGCGUGGCCGAGCCCUUCAAGUGUAACGUGUGCGGGAAGGAGUUCUUCGAGAAGUCUCUGUUCCGGAGGCACGUGAAGAAGGCCACGCACGGCAAGAAGGGCCGCGUGAAGCAGAACCUGGAGCGGGAGUGCGAGCAGUGCGGCAGGAAGUUCACCCAGCUGAGGGAGUACCGGCGCCACGUCAACAACCACCAGGGAGUGAAGCCCUUCGAGUGCCUGACGUGCGGCGUGGCGUGGGCCGACGCCCGCUCCCUGAAGCGCCACGUGCGCACGCACACGGGCGAGCGCCCCUACGUGUGCCCCAUGUGCCAGGAGGCGCACAUCGACGCGCGCACGCUGCGCAAGCACAUGGCCAAGUUCCACAGCGACAACCUGCCGGGGAAGAUCAUGCUGGAGAAGGACACGCUGCAGUUCCACAACCAGGGCACGCAGGUGGAGCACGCCGUCAGCAUCAUGGCCUCGGAGCUGCCGCCGGAGCUGCGCCCGGCCCAGCCGCCCGCCUCCACGGAGGAGAUCGAGACGGUGCUGGUCACGGACGAGACGGUGGAGGCGAUGCAGGCGGUGGCGGUGGAGGUGGCGGGCGACGGCUCGGCGGCGGCGGCGACGCUGUCGGACCAGGGCAUCAUGCAGGUGGUGAACUACGUCCUGGCUCAGCAGGGCCUCGCCGACCCCAAGGCGGAGGAAACCCACGAGGUCAUCCAGACCAUGGAGGUGGAGGUGGGCCACGUGGCCGAGGUCGAGUGAGAAACACGCUGACCGGCGUGUAAAAUGUUACAGCAUGUAAAAAAAAAAAAAAAAAAAGACAUUUCUCCCCUUCUGUGAAUGUAAAUAUACGAGAAUCACCGGAGGAGUUCUGAAUAAAUAAAUAAAUAAAUAGAUUCAACAAAAGAUUCAUGAUGACUCAGAGGAAUAAAAAGCAAAAAAUACUCAACUAUU